CGCCAGCUGCUCGUCUCUACCUCACCGCGGUACCGGACAUCAGACGCCGCAAGGGACAUAAAAGACGAAAGAUAGCCUAAACUUUAUAGUUGCAUCCAGAUUUGCGUUGAUUAGUUGUGGUGUUGGUUACUUCUUAAGUGGUGUACCCUAUCUAUAUUGUGUCGUUGUGAAGAAAAGUUGUUGCUGGGCAGUCUUCAUAAAGGUUGAAUUGUGGUCUCAACAGGUCUGGUCUGGCCUCACAUGUAGCUCCUCUGUUCUCUGUGGAGCAGACAUGCCUCGCUAGCUGUCUCUCACCUCAGUUCUGUCUGUGGCUCGCCGUUAUCACCCUAACCUCCAGUUAUCACCCCAACCCCCAGUUAUCACCCCAACCUCCAGUUAUCACCCUAACCUCCAGUUAUCACCCCAACCUCCAGUUAUCACCCCAACCUCCAGUUAUCACCCCAACCCCCAGUUAUCACCCCAACCUCCAGUUAUUACCCUAACCCCCAGUUAUCACCCCAACCUCCAGUUAUCACCCUCACCCCCAGUUAUCACCCUCACCCCCAGUUAUCACCAUAACCUCCAGUUAUCACCCUCACCCCCAGUUAAUACCCUCACCCCGAGUUAUCACCCUCCGUCCUCACCUCCAGUUCUCACCCGCAACUCACCGCCUCACCCUCACCUUCACCACUCCCCCUCAGCUCCCACCCUACGCCCUCACCCCACAGCCCAUACUGUCAACCCCCACCCCCCGCCGGACCAGUGUGCCUUUCAGGAUGAGUGACAGGGGCCACAGCGUCCGGCAAUCCUUCCACCUGCAGCGCCGCUUGCACUCCGCCCACGCCGGCGACAUGGCCCCGGGCCCCAACGGUUACCCCAGCCUCAGCCUGGACAGGGGCCUGGACAGGGGGCUGGACAGGGGGCUGGACAGGGGGCUGGACAGGGGGCUGGACAGGGGCCUGGACGAGCCAGACCCUCAGCAUCCUAAUCCUGACAGCCGCCUCUACUCUCCUGUUUCACUGGAACUGGACCCCGUGGCGGUGAAUAAUGGAUCAGGCCUUCCCUGCAGCCCAGCGAGCCGCACCAAAGAGCCAGCGCUGCAGAUGGUCCACGGCAGCCGGCCCUCCUCCUCCUGCCCUCCGCCCUUCCCUGCAGCCAGCUGGACGCCCUCCUCCAAGCGCUUCCCCAGCCCUUACAUCACCAAGACCAGCAUGCAGGGGGAUGUCUACAACUUCCUGGAGAGACCUGCUGGAUUGAGAUGCUUCCUCUACCAUUUCCUGGUGUUCCUCAUGGUGCUGGUGUGUCUGAUCUUCAGUGUCCUGUCCACCAUAGAACAGUAUGCAGACUUCGCUAGCGGAACCCUCUUCUGGAUGGAGAUUGUGUUGGUGCUGUUUUUUGGGACAGAGUACGUGGUCCGCCUCUGGUCUGCCGGCUGUCGGAGCAAGUACGUGGGUCUGAAGGGACGCCUGCGCUUCAUCAGGAAACCCAUCUCCAUCAUAGACUUGAUCGUAGUCAUCGCCUCCGUCAUUGUGCUGAGUGUGGGCUCCAAUGGCCAAGUGUUUGCCACAUCGGCCAUCAGGGGGAUUCGCUUCCUGCAGAUCCUGCGCAUGCUACACGUGGAUCGUCAGGGGGGAACAUGGAGGCUUCUGGGAUCUGUAGUUUUUAUACAUCGACAGGUUGGACUACAGCUCACCGAGUUGUUUUCGUUCUUCUUUCCAUGUCCUCCUCAGAUCUGUGGCUCCACACGGACACCAGAGCCCUGUUUUCACCACAAGUUCUCUGAACUUUUA